AUGGGUUCGACGUCCAAUAACAAUGUUCAGGCGUUGCUAAAAUGGCUAGGCGAUUCUGAUGGUUUCUAUCUUAAUCCAAAUGUUGAAGUUUAUGAAGACCGGGUUACAGGCCGUGGAAUCCGCCUGAAGAAUGGCACAUUGCAUAAGAAUGAUACCGUGGUGUCGGUUCCCAGCUCGCACCAAUUGAAUUUUAUCACUGUGCUUCAUUGGAUACGGAAGUUUACGGAUAAUGAGACUGUAGAUCCAGAUAUAGAAGCAAAACAGGAAGUGAAAACAGGAUCAAAAGAUCCAAGAUACAGAGCUUACCGUCUGCUCAAACAAGAUACGAUUCAGGAGAUGAACUCUUUCCAACUAUUGUGCUUAUUCAUAAUUGCAGAGUGGCUCUUGUUACCAAGAUGGAGCAAUAAUAUGGUAUUUUCCUGGUGGAAACCUUUUUUCGAUAUAUUUCCUUCUGACGAAGAAAUGAGUGCAAUACCUACGAAAUGGGCCCUUCUUCAUCCAGAAGGUCUGAGAGGCUCGUUUCUAAAAUAUUUGCCUACGGCAUCCAUGAGACAUACAGAAAGGUUGUCAGAAUUGCUGAAAAAUGAUUGGGUUAUUUUGAAACCCAUUCUUCAACAAUGGAAAGAAGAAUUUGUCGAGGUAGAAACACCUUCUUUGGAGGAGUUGUGGUCACAAUUUGUUUAUAUUUAUUUUGUGAUAAACUCUAGGUGUUUGUACAUGGAAAUUCCAAUGAAAACAGACAUUAAAGAUCACUUUACUAUGGUUCCAUUUGUUGACUAUUUGAACCACACAAAUGAAGUUGAUGUGCAUUGUUUCCCACGAGUAAAUAACAUGAAGAAACAUGAAUAUGGAAUUGGAGAGUUUUCUAUACAUACUGGAAAUCACGAAUAUUCUAUAAAGUUCGAAGAACUACUUUUGAACUAUGGAGCGCAUUCUAAUGAUUUUUUACUUAACGAAUAUGGGUUCACAACGUUGAAAAAUAGAUGGGACUAUAUUGACUUAACUCCAGAAAUAAGCACUCUAUUCGACGACUCUCGUGAUAUUGAUUUUCUAAAUGAAAUUGGAUAUUGGGGAGAUUUUACUAUAUCUGAAGGAGACAUUAGUUAUAGGAUUUUGGUGGCUCUUUCUUUGUUAUGUUGCAAAGACCGAAGGAAAACUGAAAAAUUCGCUUUAGGAUAUAUCUCUGAAGAACUUUUUGAGCCAAAAACAUCAUUGAUUAUAAAGAAAAUCUUAACGAAUGUCAAACAGAAAUAUCUGAAGAUAUUAGAUGAUUUAAAGACUAUAGAAGCGGAAGACUGGUGUAGGUGGAAUUUAAUAAAUCUCUACGAAAGCUAUAAAUCAAUCAUUGAAAGUAAUUUAUAA